CACCACCACAAGUCACAAUCAAACGCUCCAUCAGCGCUCUCACGCAUUCUCAAGGCUCUCAAGCCUUCACUCAAUCCAUCCACGGCAUACUGCAAAAUAUUCGCGAACAUACUAACGGAAUCCUUCGCUGGAAUUCCACCACAGCACUUCACAUUCGACAGCGGAUAUGGCCACUGCAUCAGUAUUGACCCCCACCAAACAACGCCGGGAUGGCAUCUUCUCCACACGCCUCGCUGGUGGCCGCAUGCCUCUCACUCCGUCUCCUCAGACGACACCCAAGACGGUGCACGUCGAGGCCGGCGAGAGCAUCCACCACGGCAACGUGAACCUCACAGCCCGCUUCUCGCGAGCCCAGUCCAAGACCAAUGUGCGCGACUCGCCCAAGUCCAACAUUGCCCGUCGCCACCCACAGUCGCCUCGCAACCUCGACAACGUCACGAGCGACUUCACCCUCAAUGGCACCGGCCCACGCGCCGCUUCGUCCGCCAAGAACACCCCGUCACGACCACGAAGCUCGCGUUCCGGCUCGACGCACCGCACACCCAAGAGAAGCCAGGGCAAGAUCAACUACACCGCGGCUGACCGUUUCAUCCCCAACCGGGAUGCCAGCGACGCCAUUUCCUCCUCCGGCGCCGCCGUCAAGCUCGACUCCGAGCGCACUCCUGGACGACGACCAAAGUCAAGCUCGUCUGAUGGCUCGGCCACUCUCGCAGCUAGCGUGUCCAGUGCUUUCGACCUUGGCCGUCACUCUACUUCAGAUACCUCUCUCUCUCUCGAGGGCCUCAACCUCAACGACAACGAGGAUGAUGAGGACGAUGAGCCACGCACCAAGCAGAGCCCGAACACCGUUGCCUACCAGCAGUCCGUUGCUGAGGCUUGUGGUGUCAGCAUGAAGCAACGCAUUCUUGCUUUCCAGCCUGCUGCUCCAGAGUCCUCUCGCCCAAUCGACCUCCGUUCUCAGUACAACCGCCCACUCAAGCCAGCUGCCGCCUCCGCAUCUCAAUUCCGCCGCCGCGUGCUUACUGCACCUGAGCGUGUCCUCGAUGCCCCGGGCUUGGUCGACGACUACUACCUCAACCUCCUCGACUGGUCAUCUGGCAACCAGGUCGCCAUUGGCCUUGAGCGCAAUGUCUAUGUCUGGUCCGCCGAGUCCGGCUCCGUCUCCAGCCUGCUCGAGUGCCCAGCUGACACCUACAUCUCCUCCGUCAAGUGGUCUGGCGAUGGCGCCUACGUCGCCGCUGGUCUCGGUACCGGUGAGGUCCAGAUCUGGGAUGUCGAGGAUGGCACUAAGCUCCGCUCCAUGUACGGCCACGACACUCGCGUCGGCGUCAUGGGCUGGAACAAGCACCUUCUCUCUACUGGUGCCCGCUCUGGUCUCGUCUUUAACCACGACGUCCGCAUCGCCCAGCACAAGGUUGCAGAGCUCGUCUCCCACACCUCCGAGGUCUGCGGCCUUGAGUGGCGUCCAGACGGUGCUCAGCUGGCCACGGGCGGUAACGACAACCUCGUCUCCAUCUGGGAUGCUCGUCAGCUCACCGCACCAAAGUUCCAGAAGACCAACCACAAGGCCGCUGUCAAGGCUCUUGCUUGGUGCCCAUGGCAAUCCAACCUCCUUGCCACUGGUGGUGGCUCCCACGACCGCAUGAUCCACUUCUGGAACACCACAUCCGGUGCCCGUACCAACAGCAUCGACACUGGUAGCCAAGUCACCUCCCUCCGCUGGAGCAUGGGUUACAAGGAGAUCGUCUCAUCUUCUGGUUUCCCUGACAACUCCCUCUCCAUCUGGAGCUACCCAACUCUCGUCAAGAACAUCGAGAUCCCAGCACACGAGUCUCGUGUCCUGCACUCUGCCCUUUCCCCAGACGGACAGAUGCUCGCCACUGCCGCUGCCGACGAGUCUCUCAAGUUCUGGAAGGUCUUCGAGAAGAAGGCUGGCUCUGGUAACCUUGCUGGCGGUGCUACUGGCACUGCAAAGGCUAGCUUGACCAAGGCUACCACCAUCCGGUAAAGAAUGACAUGUAUGUUCAGUCUGUUGUUAUGACGCUUCGGCUGGCUCGGCGUUUGUCUUGACGCAUGUUCAUGAUGCUGACGGCCGUUAAACACUUACAUGGCAUUGGGGAUUGUUGGAAGUUGGCGCUUUUCGUACUUGACAAUGUGGAUGUUGGAACAGGAACGCUUCGGGCAUGAUUGAGAGAGCAUUACACACUGCUACGUUUAAUGGAGAAUUCACACUCGCUUUUCUGACACCUUUGAUGCAACACUCUUGCCCCAUUUUGUUUAGCGCACGCACACCAGAGUUGAUCGCCGAAGUGAAAUGUUACUUAUACAUUACUUGGACUGAUAGACACGUGCUCUAGUACCCGG